AUGGGCCUUGUAACCUGCCACGAGAAACAAAUAGUUACAUUAACGCGUAAGUUAAUGGCUGAGUUUCAGGAGGCAAUGCGGCGAGUUAUGCGUGCCCGAAAGGUGUUGCCAUCAAUCAGCGAACACGGGAGCGCCUCUUUUGCAGCAGCAGCAGCAGUAGGGCCAGCGCCAAUGGCUCCCGGGGGCUCGCCACGCGUUGUACCGGAGACAUCACUGGCACCGCUCGAAUGGGACGUGUUCUUCGACAAGAAGCUCGACGUGAGCAUCAGCGAACAGGACAUCUUCUGUGUGUAUACGAAAGGAGAUGCUGGUCCGAUGUUCUUCUUGCUACACGGUGGCGGAUAUUCCGGGCUUACUUGGGCAUGCCUCACGGAGGAGCUUUCCACUUUGGCGCAGUGUCGGAUAGUGGCGCCGGAUCUGCGAGGCCACGGAAACACCGUAACAGCAGAUGAAUUGGACCUGUCAACUGAGCGUCAGAUUGAAGAUAUUGUUGCCAUUCAUAAAAAAAUAUGCGGAGACGAGUCAGUCCCAACAAUUGUGGUUGGCCACAGUAUGGGUGGAGCGCUUGCAGUACACGCAGUGGCCAGUGGUCGAAUAAAAGAUGCAGUGGCGCUUACUGUAAUCGAUGUUGUCGAAGGAACAGCUAUGGAGGCGCUGAACACAAUGAAACAUUUUUUGAGGAAUCGGCCACAGAAAUUUGGCACUGUUGGAGCGGCGAUCGAGUGGUGUUCCAAAUCGGGUACAGCGAAGAAUGUCCGCGCUGCUCAAGUUUCAAUGCCUGCUCAAAUUCGAAAGAUUGGUGAUGUGAGUAUUUUUGUGUGCAUUUUGGAUUUAUUAUCAUUUUCAUACGUUUUUGCUUAUUUGCAAAUGCAAUAA